CCCCCUGCCCUGCCCCGGCUCCUGGUCCUGCUGGUCCUGGCGGUGCCGGUCCUGGGGGGGGCGGAGGACUGCGAGCUGCCGAAGCUGCCCCGGCAGGCGGGGGAGGGCGGGGAGCGGCGGAGGGCGCUGCCCCAUCCCAUCGGGGCCCUGGCCACCAGCCGGGCCGGGGGCGUGCUGGUGGCCAGCGGCAGCUGCCUCUACGAGCUGGACCACACGCUGGACCACUGCCGCUCGCAGCUCUACCGGGACGGGCGGGGGGACUGCGGCCAGCCCGCCCCGCCGCCGCCCGCCCAGCGGCCUCGCCCGGGGAGCAGCUACAUCAAGCUGCUUCUGCCCUACCUCCAGGGGGAGCCUUCUUCUUCUUCUUCUUCUUCUUCUUCUUCCCCCCCGCCGGCCUCCUCCUCCUCCGCGACGCCCUCCGGCCUGCUGCUGACCGGCUGGACCUUCGACCGCGGCGCCUGCGAGGUGCGAUCCCUCGACCGGCCGGCCGGGCCGGUCCUGCGCAACGGCACCGAGGUGGUGUCGUGCCACCCGCAGGGCUCGACGGCCGGCGUCGUCUACCAGGCGGGAGGGCAGGGCCCCUGGUUCCUGGCCGUGGCCGCCACCUACGUGCUGCCCGAGGGCCGCGACGGCAGCCAGUGCAACCCGGCGGCGUCCGACCGGGACACGGCCAUCGCGCUGAAGGACACGGACAGGCGCAGCCUGCCCAGCAAGGAGGAGGACCAGCUGAAGCUGAAGCCGCACAAGGGGCCCCUGCACUUCGUCGACGCCUUCCUCUGGAACGGCAGCGUCUUCUUCCCCUACUACCCCUACAACUACACGAGCGGGGCCGCCUGCCCCGACGGGCCCAGGGUGGCCGUCAUCGAGCAGAGCGCCCACGAACUGGUCUUCCAGGGCCAGGCGGCCCUCCAGUGCGGCCAGCCCGGGUCCGGAGGCCCCAAUCGCACCCUGCUGCUGGCCUCCAGCCCGCUGCCCGAUGCCGGGCUCUGGGCCGGGGUCUUCAGCGCCAACGGGGCCCAGCCCCAGGACCGCCGCACCCGGGACACCACCGCCCUCUGCCUCUUCCGCCUCGACCGCAUCCAGGCCGGAGCCCGUCCCUGCCACGGGGACUUCCAGAGCCUCAGGACCAAAUGCGGAACAGGAGACCAACAAUUGGGACCCAUUCAGCCAAUCGAAUCUUCUACCUUGAUUCAUUCCGAUUUGACAUCUGUUUACGGUACUGUCGUGCUGAACAGGAUCAUUUUGUUCUUGGGAACAGGAGAUGGACAGUUACUUAAGGUUAUUCUUGAUGAGACACUGAAGUCAAAUUGCCCAGAGGUGAUCUAUGAAAUUAAAGAAGAAACACCUGUUUUUCACAAACUUGCUCUUGACCCUUUGGAUAAUACCUACAUAUAUCUCCCGGCAGAGAAAGAGAUUAGAAGGAUACGUGUCGCAAACUGUGAUAAACAUAAAUCCUGUAAGGAGUGUUUAACGGCGAUGGAUCCUCAUUGUGGUUGGUGUCAUUUGCUCAAAAGAUGCACUUUUCAAGGUGAUUGCUCAUCAAGUAGAUCGAAUAACUGGCUGAAUAUUUCAUCUGGAGCAGAAAAAUGUCCUAAAAUUCAGAUAAUUCCAAAGGGUAGAGACAAGAUUACUGUGACUGCAAUGAGAAGCUUUAUGUCUCCCUUGGAAGAACAUUCAUCUUGUGUGGUGAAAAAUGCAAAGACCAAUAAAGAACUUUGUAAAAAUGAAAAGCAAGACGUGAACUGCACAUGUACUAUAUCAACCACCAAACUAACUGAAAGAGAUCUGUCAGCUGUCCAGGUGUCAUUCUCUUCUGGUUCUUGGAAUCUGUCAGAAACAUUUGACCUAACUAACUGCUCAUCAUUUACAGAGUGCUUAACGUGCAUUGAAACUGGCUGCACAUGGUGUAAAAGAGGACAGAGGUGUGUUCAUCCUUUAGGGGCUUGUGACCCUCCUAAUUAUGGGACGAACCAGGAUGUCUGUCAAGCAGCUAACAAACAGACUGAGCCCACCACAGCACCUUCAGCAAACAGUCAAAAAUUCAGUGGAGACAAGAAUAACUCACAGCAAUUUUCAAAGGACUUCAGAGUUCAUGCCAUAGAACCACAGCGAAUAUCAACCUUGGGGAAAACAAAUGUGAUCGUCAGGGGAGAAAACUUUCCACAAACACAAAAUAUUUAUAUGAUACUGAAAGGAACCAGUACCUGCAAGGAAGAUGUAAUACGUGUGAACAGUGGGUCAAAUGCCACCCACUUGAAAUUUUCUCUUCCAUCAAGUCGUAAAGAAAUGAAGGAUGUACGAAUAAUGACUGAAAAUCAUAACGCUUCCUUUAAUGGAGUAUUAUCUUACGUCUCUCCGCCAGUAUGUUUUGAUAUAUAUCCAAAUACCACCUGGAUGAGAGGCGGUCAAACCAUAACCAUAGGAGGCAGGAAUUUUGAUGUCCUGGACAGUCUAAUCAUAUCAGAUGAGUUGAAAGAAAAUCUCAGUGUCCUUAAAUGUUGUAGUGAGACUAACUGCAGUUUUUCAGCGGUUCCCAGAGAAUUAAAACCAGGCCAUAAAGUCACUGUGAAACUCAGGGUUCAAGACACUCAGCUAACCUGUGGAGUGUUGCAAUAUCUCGACAACCCCAAAUUUACAGGUUAUCGCGUAAAUUCUGACGUGGAUUCCGAAUUGGAAGUAAAAAUACUUAAGGAGAAUGAUGAUUUGUUUAUAUCCAAGGAAGACAUUGUAAUCACCCUAUUUGAUGGGGGAAACAAACCCCAUAACUGCACUUUUGAAAAUAUUACCAGGAAUCAAGAUCUCACUACUAUCCUCUGCAAAAUCAAGGGAGUCAAUGAGAGCAAUUACAUCAAAACUUCCUCUAAGGUAGUUCGGGUCAAGCUGGGAAACUUCGAGGACUUGGUGAAACGAGAAUCAGUACCCACGACUUGGUAUUUUCUCAUUGUGCUUCCUGUGCUACUACUGAGUGUUAUUGUUGCUGCAGUAGUGGUGACCAGGUACAAAUCUAAACAGCUAAGUCGCAAACAGAGUCAACAGCUGGAACUCCUGGAAAGUGAGCUUCGUAAAGAAAUUCGUGACGGAUUUGCUGAACUGCAGAUGGAUAAAUUAGAUGUGGUGGAUAGUUUUGGAACCGUUCCCUUCCUGGAUUAUAAACAUUUUGCUCUUAGAACUUUCUUCCCCGAGUCGGGUGACUUUACACACAUCUUCUAUGAAGAUAUUCACGGUAGAGACACCAGUGACAAGAAUGAAAGUCUCAUUGCUUUGGAUGGUUUGAUUUGCAACAAAAGUUUUCUCGUGACCGUCAUCCACACUCUUGAAAAGCAGAAGAAUUUUUCUGUGAAGGACAGGUGCUUGUUUGCUUCCUUCUUAACUAUCGCACUACAAACUAAGCUGGUUUACCUGACCAACAUUCUGGAAGUUUUGACGAAGGACCUGAUGGAACAGUCCAGUAACCUACAGCCAAAACUCAUGCUAAGGCGCACUGAGUCUGUUGUAGAAAAACUGCUAACAAAUUGGAUGUCAGUCUGCCUUUCUGGUUUUCUGCGGGAGACUGUCGGAGAGCCGUUUUAUUUACUUGUCACAACGCUAAACCAGAAGAUAAACAAAGGUCCUGUGGAUGUAAUAACCUGCAAAGCCUUGUAUACACUUAAUGAAGAUUGGCUGCUCUGGCAAGUCCCGGAUUUCAACACCGUGGCACUAAAUGUCGUGUUUGAAAAAAUCCCAGAAAAUGAAAGUGCAGACGUCUGUCGGACAAUCCCAGUAAAUGUUCUGGAUUGUGAUACCAUAGGGCAAGCCAAGGAAAAGAUUUUUCAAGCUUUUUUAAGCAAAAAUGGUUCUCUUUAUGGUCUUCAACUCAAUGAAAUUGGGCUUGAGCUUCAGCUGGAUGGCUGUCAGAAAGAACUUUUAGAUAUAGAUAAUUCUUCGGUGACUCUGGAAGAUGGGAUAAUGAAGUUAAACACCAUUGGUCAUUAUGAGAUUUCAAAUGGAGCCACUCUGAGUGUCUUUAAGAAGAUAAAUUUUACUUCAGAUAUGGAAUACUCAGAUGAACACUGCCAUUUGAUUUUACCAGACUCGGAAGCAUUCCAAGAUGUGCAAGGAAAGAGACACAAAGGAAAGCACAAGUUUAAAGUGAAGGAAAUGUAUCUGACAAAGUUGCUGUCUACCAAGGUUGCAAUUCAUUCUGUCCUUGAAAAACUUUUUAGAAGUAUUUGGAGUUUACCCAACAAUAGAGCUCCAGUUGCCAUUAAAUACUUUUUUGACUUUUUGGAUGCCCAGGCUGAACUUAAAAAAAUCACAGAUCCCGAUGUCGUCCACAUUUGGAAAACAAACAGUCUUCCCCUUCGUUUCUGGGUAAACAUUCUGAAGAACCCUCAGUUUGUUUUUGAUAUUAAGAAGACUCCUCACAUAGAUGGCUGUUUGUCGGUAAUUGCACAAGCUUUUAUGGAUGCAUUUUCUCUUGCAGAACAGCAAUUGGGGAAGGAAGCACCAACUAAUAAACUUCUAUAUGCCAAGGAUAUUCCAAACUACAAAGAAGAAGUGAAAUCUUACUAUAAAGCAAUCAGGGAUUUGCCUCCACUGUCAACUUCAGAAAUAGAAGAAUUUUUAACUCAGGAAUCAAAGAAGCAUGAAAAUGAAUUUAAUGAAGAAGUGGCCUUGACAGAAAUCUACAAAUACAUCAUUAAAUAUUUUGAUGAGAUUAUAAACAAACUGGAGCGGGAACGAGGACUAGAGGAUGCCCGGAAGCAGCUCUUGAAGAUUUCUGGGUGCAGAUCAACUUAUUUAUAGUGUUUUUUUCUAACACUAGCAUAUAGCAGUAUUUUGCAAUUGUUACUUUUUCUGUAUUUAAAAUUAAUGUCCCUCUUGUAUUCAUGAUUGAAACUGUACUUGAAGAUGAAUGUUUUAAAUGUGUAUAUCCAAAAUAAACAUUUUGAUGUAUAA